GAGACCAAUGAGUGAGACAGUCUUGGCCGCAGUGUUGUGUUUACCUGCGAGGGAGGUUUUGGGAGCAAGGUAGCGUCUGCGUCAGGAAGUUGCUGUGUGUAUGCUGCUUCAUGCUGAUCCCCUGCUGCUGCACGUCGCCUAUACACUAGUGACAGAUGGCUCGCCCUUCAGCAACAAAGAGUACUUUCGUCAUCCCUACAGACCUCCUGGAUGACAUAGCAAGCCGUUUCUUGCUGGAUGCGCCGGAGUCUGAGCUAGGGGACCCCAUAUCACUGUGCUUCUUGACUGAGCUGGCCUAUUGGUUCUACCUGGAUGAGUAUGCUGAAGAGGAUGACUCACUCAACAAUAUCAAGUUUGACCCAUUUGCUCAGCAGCUGCUCAAUAGAGUAAGGAUCAAGCCCAAUUCAGGAACCAUUGAAGAAAUGCUUCAAGAUUUCCGGGACUUCAAGCAUCGUGUUCCUACGUAUGGUGGGCUGCUGCUGAACCAAGACUUGACUCAGGUGUUGCUGGUGCAGGGAUUCUGGCACCGAGCUUCAUGGGGCUUCCCGAAAGGAAAGAUCAAUGUAGAUGAGGAACCACAUAAGUGUGCCAUUAGGGAGGUUCUGGAGGAGACAGGCUAUGACAUCUCACCCCUGAUUGAUCCCAACGUGUUCUUGGAGACAUCCAUUGGGGAGCAGUACGUGCGCCUCUACAUCAUCCCAGGCGUGCCCACGAACAUUGACUUUGUUCCUCGCACCAAGGGGGAGAUCAAGCAGCUCAAGUGGUUCUCAAUUGGCCAGCUGCCUUCCCACAAAAAUGAUCGCAGCUUUAACAAAGUGAAUGGGUCCACCAAUAUGUUCUACAUGGUGAUGCCCUUUGUCAAGCCGUUGAGGGAGUGGGUGGCUGCCAGGCAUCGCAGUGGUGCCAGUGGCGGUGGUGGCUGCACUGGUGGCAGAGAGGGCCGGCGCCGGCAUCGCAGCACCAGCACCUCUGUCACUACCACCACCACCACAACCACUACUGCUGCCACUGCUGAAAACCACAAUGGCACUAGACACAGCCACUCGCCGGCCACCUCCACCGACAGCAGCAAAAAGGCACAGCAAGGAGGGGAUGCCAGGAAGCAGCAGAGGGAUGCCUUUGCUUCCUGUGUUCAGGAGGAAGCAGCAUGGGUCAUGAAACUCCGGUCAAACUCUGAUGUGUCGCCACGGCGAAGGGAAGCCACGUCCAGCAAAGGGAAGCAACGCAAGACACAGCACAACAUCAACAAGCCCAUACCUGCAGCUCCAGCAGAGCAUCAGGAAGAGAACCAGAAAUUCACAUUCAGUAAACGAGGCAAGGUAAGAGGCAACAAAGGUAACAGAGAGAGCCAGGUGGUGGACGCACAAGCCCCAACCUUCACCUCAAACCCUCGCUUCCGCUCCUACUCAUGGCAGAGCUUCCGCAUCAACAAGAAGGAAGUGAUGGAUGCCAUUGACAGAGUCUGGAGUGGUGUCACUCUCGGCUGGUAAAAUAGUCUUGAGUGCAAGUGUAUGUAUAACCUACGUACUUACUACUGAAAGAUGUAACUUCAAAGGUGAAACCAAAGAUUUAUCCUACAUACCUGAGGCUACUUACUGUACAAACUUAGUGAAGGUCUGAUCAGUCCACCAGUUUGUUAUCAUCUUAAUUUCUGAAUUCCAAAAGAUUGGCAAGACAUAUCAGUGAGGAAAAGAAUGUACAGUAAGGAAAUAUUAAUGAAAUUUGACAUAACAUUGAAAAAAUGAAAAAAAGAGGAAAAGAAAAC